AUGGCGGUCAAUCGCAUGCGUGCCGCCUUCGCGGUGCCCAGGAAGGGAGAGACCUUCGAGCUGCGCGCCGGUCUCGUGUCGCAGUAUGCCUGGGAGCGCAAGGAGUCGAUCCAGAAGACCAUCAUGGCCAUGACCCUGGGCAAGGACGUCUCGGCCCUGUUCCCCGACGUCCUGAAGAACAUCGCGACCGGCGACCUGGACCAGAAGAAGCUGGUCUACCUGUACCUGAUGAACUACGCCAAAUCGCACCCCGAUCUAUGUAUCUUGGCCGUCAACACCUUCGUCCAGGACUCGGAGGACCCGAACCCCCUCAUCCGCGCCCUGGCUGUCCGUACCAUGGGCUGCAUCCGUGUCGACAAGAUGGUGGAUUACAUGGAGGAACCCCUGAGAAAGACCCUGAGGGACGAGUCGCCAUACGUGCGGAAAACUGCCGCCAUCUGCGUGGCCAAGCUCUUCGAUCUCAACCCGACCAUGUGUAUCGAGAACGGCUUCCUCGAGACCCUGCAGGAGCUGAUCGGAGACCCCAACCCCAUGGUUGUCGCCAACUCCGUGACGGCCCUGUCCGAGAUCACCGAGACCGCCCCGGAGACCGCCGCCCUCGUCAUCUCACCGUCCACCUUGAAGAAGCUGUUGAUGGCGCUGAACGAGUGCACCGAAUGGGGUCGGGUUACUAUCCUGUCCACCUUGGCAGCCUACCCUCCCACCGACGUCAAGGAGUCGGAACACAUCUGCGAGAGGGUGGCCCCCCAGUUUCAACAUGUCAACCCCAGCGUCGUCCUGGCCGCCGUCAAGGUGGUCUUUAUUCACAUGAAGCUCAUCAACGCCGAUCUCGUACGGCAAUACCUCAAGAAGAUGGCCCCGCCCUUGGUUACCCUCAUUGCAUCCGCCCCCGAGGUCCAGUACGUUGCCCUGAGGAACAUCGACCUGCUCCUGCAGGCCAAGCCCGAUAUUCUCAGCAACCAGCUGCGUGUCUUCUUCUGCAAGUACAACGACCCUGCCUACCUCAAGCUUCAAAAGCUGGAGAUCAUGGUCAGGAUAGCAAACGAGAAGAACUACGAGCAGCUGUUGGGCGAGUUGAAGGAAUACGCCCUCGAAGUUGAUAUGGACUUCGUCCGCCGGGCCGUCAAGGCCAUCGGACAGGUAGCUAUCAAGAUCGAGAGCGCCAGCGAGAAGUGCGUCAACGCGCUUUUGGAUCUGAUCUCUACCAAGGUGAACUACGUUGUGCAGGAGGUGAUCGUGGUCAUCAAGGACAUCCUCCGGAAAUACCCGGGUUAUGAGGGAGUCAUCCCUACCCUCUGCAAGUACAUUGACGAACUUGAUGAACCUAACGCACGAGGAUCAUUGAUCUGGAUUGUGGGAGAGUACGCCGAGAAGAUCAGCAACGCAGACGAGAUUUUGGAAAGCUUUGUCGAUGUCUUCUUGGAGGAGUUCACGCAGACACAGUUGCAGAUUCUCACGGCUGUGGUGAAACUAUUCCUCAAGAAGCCGCAGAGUAGCCAGGGCUUAGUCCAAAAAGUAUUACAGGCCGCGACGACAGAUAACGAUAACCCCGAUAUUCGAGACAGAGCUUACGUCUAUUGGCGUCUUCUGUCUGGAGAUCUUGACGUCGCAAAGAACAUCAUCCUGUCACAAAAGCCCGCCAUUACUACCACUAUGACAUCCCUCCCACCUGCUCUCCUGGAACAACUACUCGCGGAAUUAUCAACGCUUGCCUCCGUAUACCACAAGCCACCAGAGUCAUUUGUUGGUAAGGGACGUUACGGUGCCGACGCCAUUCAACGUGCUGCUAUUCUCGAGCAGCGUGAAAACCUCGCCGAGAACCCUAGCGUCGCCUCAGCUGUUGCUGCUGCACAGGCCAAUGGUACCACUCCGCAGAGUAAUAUCGAGAACCUACUGGACAUCGACUUUGAUGGUGGUGCCCCUGCAUCCAUGGAGCAGAACAGCGCCACGGCGACGCCAGAUCGGGUGCAAAGCCCCGUGAGCGCGACACAGCCAAGUGGAGGUAUGGCUGAUAUGAUGGGCUUGUUCGACGCACCCGCGCCUGCACCGCAACCCGCAAACAUCGGCGGCAGCGGCGGUAAUGACUUGAUGAAUGGGUUCGCAGGCUUGGACCUGAGCGGGGGAAGUGCACCACCGCCAGCGGCACAGCAGCUGGGUCACAACCCUGCAGAGCCGAAGAAGGACAGCGACGAUUUGUUAGGCCUCUUCUAG